AACCUCACCUUUUUCUCUCGCUAAUCUCCGAGCUUGAAGAGUCUCAACAAUGGCGAUCUCCCUUCGAUCCUCCUCCUUCGCAAGCCUUGGCCACUUCCCCCAGGUGGGGAAACCCUCUGGUUGGAUUCGAUCUCCAUCUCGUCUGCUCUUACUCAGUACACGAUCAUUCCCCAGAAUCUUCGCCUCCAGUUCGUCGUCUUCUGUUGAUGCUGUAGAUCUGAAUUCGGAACUGGAUGCAGUGUCGAGUUUCAGCGAGAUCGUUCCGGACACUGUUGUCUUUGAUGAUUUUGAAAGGUUUCCGCCCACUGCGGCUACAGUUAGUUCUUCUCUCCUUUUGGGGAUUUGUAGCUUGCCGGACACUAAGUUUAAGAGUGCUAUAGAGACUGCGUUGGCUGACAGUGAAUGCUACGAACAACGGGAUCCUAGUAAGAGGUUGUCCUGUUUUUAUGACAAGGCUUUGGUUAAUGUUGGAGCUGAUUUGGCCAUGCUUGUCCCUGGUCGAGUAUCAACAGAAGUGGAUGCAAGGUUGGCUUAUGACACACAUGCCAUCAUUCAUAAGGUGCAUGAGCUGUUGAAACUAUAUAAUGAAAUAGAAGUACCACCCGAGCGGUUGCUCUUCAAAAUUCCUUCAACUUGGCAAGGAAUAGAAGCUUCAAGGCUGCUGGAAUCCGAAGGAAUACAGACCCACUUGACAUUUGUUUAUAGCUUUUCCCAGGCAGCAGCUGCAGCUCAAGCCGGUGCUUCUGUCAUCCAGAUAUUUGUCGGUCGCCUUAGAGAUUGGGCUCGCAAUCAUUCUGGUGAUCCUGAGAUAGAAGCUGCUUCCAAAAGAGGGGAGGAUGCAGGAGUAGCUUUGGUAACUAAAGCCUACAAUUACAUUCACAAGUAUGGACAUAAAUCAAGGUUGAUGGCAGCUGCAAUUAGGAACAAACAAGAUAUAUUCAGCCUUCUUGGGGUUGACUACAUUAUUGCUCCUCUGAAGAUAUUGCAGUCUCUAAAAGAUUCCAUUACCUAUCCUGAUGAAAAGUACUCUUAUGUUAGGAGAUUAUCUCCUAGUUCAGCCAUGCUCUACAAUUUCAGUGAAGAAGAGCUUGUGAAGUGGGAUCAGCUGAGCUUGGCAUCGGCAAUGGGACCUGCUGCUGAAGAGCUUUUGACCGCCGGAUUAGAAGGCUACGUAAACCAGGCACUUCGUGUUGAGGAACAUUUUGGGAAGAUAUGGCCUCCCCCCAAUGUGUAAGACUCCUUUUACUGGUCUGUGGUCUGUUUUGCAGAAAAUUUUCUUCCUCAAUGAAUGUAAUAAUAAUGCUAUCUGGCUUGUAAAGAUGGGGAUCCCUUUUUGUUCUCUUGCAUCUGUCUUUUUUUUUGGAAUUUUUGCUGGAUUCAGUAGCUCUUUUUAUCCUUUUAUUCCUGGAUAAUGGAACUAAAUUUGUAAUUGCUUUGCUAGAUUGCAAGCAUAGUGUUUUUUUCUA